GCUCAGAGCAAACAGCGCUCAGAGAGAGACACACAGACAGAAGAGAUCAGUCUCACCUCCUUUCAUACUUCGGAUCAGACCUCUCCAUCAUGGAUUCGUUUCUGGCUCGCUCUCUCUUCUCCGCCGGAUAAACUUUUGGACUUACUUGCGUAUCAUGGGAAUAUACCGUGGGUGCGCUCGGACCCGUGGAUUUAUACAGUCUUGAUGGAAAUCAUGUCACCGCAGCAGGGGACCAUGGGACAGAACAGGUCCGACUCUCUGACGGGAGAGAGCAAGGCGCUUCCCGACAGCAAAAAGAAGAUGAAGACCCUGGCGCAGAGACGACAGUCAGCUCCUUCACUCGUCAUCAGCAAAGCACUCACCAGAUCAAGAAGCACGUCCAGGGAAAGCUGCUUGACGCCAGUAAGCCCAGAGACUUGUCCUCUAGUCCAGGCCUUCCUGGCUGAGUGUCCAGGCCGUCUGUUCCUGGGUCACGCCCAAACACAGCUAAAGACCGGCCUGCAGAUCCAGGAGAGGCACCUUUUCCUCUUCACAGACACCCUGCUCGUCACCAAGGCCAAGUCUCCUACUCAUUUCAAGGUGAAGGCUCAGGUCCGGGUUUGCGAGAUGUGGACGGCUAACUGCAUGGAGGAAGUGUGCGAAGGAAGCACGAACCCCGAGAGGAGCUUCGUGAUGGGCUGGCCCACCUGUAACUGUGUAGCCACCUUCAGCUCUGAAGAGACUAAGGACAAGUGGCUGGCGCUCGUCAACAGUCGGAUAAGUGAGGGAAAAGAGAAGGACGACCCAAAGACCAUUCCUUUGAAAAUCUUCGCAAAGGAUAUUGGAAACUGUGCAUACGCCAAGACGCUUGCGGUCAGCAACACAGACAGCACCACUGAAGUCAUCCGCAUGGCUCUGCUGCAGUUCAGCAUAUCAGGCUGCGUUAAAGACCACCGGCUGUGGGUGAGCUCCAUUAAGGAUGACCCUCCAUAUCCACUUAUCGGCCACGAGUUUCCCUUCAGCAUCAAGAUGAGCCACAUUCGAGAUGGUGGGAGCAAUUGUGGAGGACUUGGAGGAGUAGGGAAGGAUGUGCUGAGUCCCACAGACUGCCCAGGGGUUCUUCUGUUGGACCAGUGUCUCCCUCCAGACACGCAGUGCCAAUUUAUACUGAAACCCAACAAGGCUGUCCUUGGGCAGACUCAACUUUUAGAGCCUGGUCAGCAGAAGUCUUUUAAGAGAAAGAGAUCUCUGAUCAAUUGGCCUUUCUGGAGAGGUUCGAGCACACAGCUGGACGGCGUGCCCCUGUCCCCAACCUUGCUCUCUGCCGCUCACGGUCGGCUGUUCGGACAGCCCUUGAGCUCCAUCUGCUCUCCAGAAAACGGCCUGCCUAAACCUGUCAUGGACAUGCUGGCAUUUCUGUACCUGGAGGGGCCAUACACCAGAGGCGUCUUCAGGCGUUCAGCUGGAGCAAAAGCCUGCCGGGAGCUCCGAGACAGGCUGGACAGCGGGAGCGAGGACGCGGAGAUCACACACCAGUCUGUGUUCGUCAUCGCUGCUGUCCUCAAGGACUUCCUGCGAAAUAUCCCAGGCAGCAUGCUGUGCGUGGACCUGUAUGACCAGUGGAUGGAAGCGAUGGAAGGGGAAGGAGGAGAGGAGAGGAUACCAGCUGUCCAGAGGCUCCUCCACCUCCUUCCCAGUGAGAAUCUGCUUCUGCUCCGACACGUGAUCGCAGUACUCCACUGCAUACAGGGCAGCGCCGACGACAACCAGAUGAACGCCUUCAACCUGUCUGUCUGCAUUGCUCCCAGCAUGCUCUGGUCUCCGGCGCCAAGCACCCCUGAGAUGGAAGGGGAGGCCACUAAAAAGGUUUGUGAGCUCGUUCGCUUCCUAAUAGAGAACUGCAGCACCCUCCUGGGGGACGUCACAUCACUCUUCAGAACCUUCAGCCAGAAGAGCAGCAGCAGCGACCAUGGAUCUGAUGUGUCGUCCUUCCAGAUGAACGACUCGUCUUACGACAGUCUGGAGAACGAGCUGAACGAUGAUCCCGAGUCUCCCUUCCAGGAACAGCUUCCGCUUCGCGACAAAGACAAGCCGGACAGCUGCAGCCGUGACUCUGUCAUCACGCUCAGUGAUGGCGACCCCGAACCUGACCCCGAUUCUAACCUUUUGCUGCAGCUCCCGCCACUGGCCAGACCCAGUAGGUUCAGUCCCGUGGUUCGACAGCCUCGCGUACGCCACGCCAACGGCUCGUCACAGGGUCCUAGGAGACUGAGGAGGAGCUCAGAACCGGCCUUAGCCCUGGCUAGCAUGCCGACUUCAAGCAUGGUGUUGGCUCAUGCUGAUAACCUCCACCCGUCAGUGAGGAAGGCGAGCUAUGAUGCUGCCAUGGAGGGGGAGGCGGAUGUGGAUGAGGUUUUUCUUGAACAGGGGCUGAACGGGCUGCAGCUGAAAGAGGAGGGAGAGGAUGGCUGUGAGAAGAGAGGAGUCAAAAUCCAGAACAGCGGGCGGAGGAAGACGAAGCAUGCCCCUCCACCGCCACUGCGACUGGAUGCCAGUUGUUCCAGUCUGUCUUCACCGGCAACCUCACCAACCGGCUCCUCCCUCAGCUCCUUAGACUCUGCCUUCUCACAGUACUCCACUGAUUACGCCACAAAUGUGCCACUUCCGUUAAGUGAACCCCUUCCUCUCUCCCCCCUUUUUCCUGGACGCCCACAGCAGUCCUCAAGGAGCUCUCCCCCUCAGAGAGAAGCGCUGGCUCAUUGGCCACAAGCCAUCCAACCCCCUCGAACCUGCCAAAGUGCUUCUCACUCUCAUGGCCUCCACCCUAACACAUGGCUUAAAAAGGACCGGUGCCUGACGCUAAGGCAGUCCGAUGGUGGACACACUGAGGAGGACCUGCCCGUGGUUAACGGGAAAUCCUUCUCAACCACUAACUGCUUCUCUGUCAGUGCCCAGGAGGCCAUGGUGACAAAUCAAAACUGCAGACAUAGAUCAAGCAGCCCUCCGUCUUACCAGCAGGCUCUGCUGCAGCUGCAGCGCAGCAACUCUCCUUUUUACAGCGCGACAGAGAAGCCUCUGACAGUCAAAGAUCUGAGACAGCUCCAUGACCAGACCUCACCUAACAAACUCAAACCAAACCAAGGAGCUGAGAUCACACAGAGGCUGGCUGCAGGUGGCUGCGUGCAGCCCCCAAAAGGUGUUUUCUUUGGACAGAGUGCCACCACUCUGGUGCUCCAAAGACAAAAGUCCCACUCUCUAACUCCUGCUAUGGACAUCCACAGAGGGAGGAAGACCCUUCCUCGCCGAGCAUCUGAGCCUGCUAAGGUCAAUGUGAACUCUAACCGCGGCCCCAGCCUUACCUUAGACAGACUUCCUGCUUCUAAAGCCCGGCCCCAAGACGGCAGAGCAUCAGAUAACCACGCCAAGCCGCGCCUCUGCUUGUCGCCCUCUGCCACCAGGGCUGUAAGGGACUACUUUUCCUCACAAGGUCAAGAGGAUGUGGACGCCUGCCUGCAGAGGAGUCAUGAGGUCGCACUAGCAAUUGUGCAGGGUAAGAAGGAGUGGCAGAACAGGCGGUGCAGCGACCCGCGGCUGGAGGACUUUGAGCAACUUUUUUUUGCAGAAGAAUCGUAUGUGUAAAAAGGAACUUUGUAUAGACAAACUGUACAGGGGAGACUGACUUUCAUGUGAUAUUGUAACUUGUACACAACUGUCUUUUUAUUGUAAUUUUUUUUCCAUAUACACCUUUAACCUGUUGCUGACUACUGUAAUGGUACAUCAGCGGUUUAAGAUUUUUAUGAGGUACAGAUGCAGCUUCAGUGGUCCACAUCUUAGUGGGUUUAACCAGCAAACAGAAAACUACAGAGUUUGGAGUUUAUAAUUAGAAUUCAACAAUUCAAAGUAUCAACAUUUAGCUGACAGUGGCAUUGCCUCGUAGCACUGCAGCUUGGGUCCUCAAACUGUUGAACAGUCCACAAAGCUAUAGACGAACUGGGUCAGUGUAGUGGCUCGAACACCAAAAAUCUGGUUUCUGUGGACAAAAUGUUUCUCUCACCGCGUCCUUGUGCACCUUCCAGAUGUAUUGUUGUUUCUUUUUCAGCACGUGAUGAAAGUCUGGAGAGCUUGUCAGCAGUAAGAAAAAGAAACGACAAAGAAAUCCUUUUUUUUUCGUGUUCGGGAAGCUUGCAAAAUGUUUAGAAAGCAAGCAGAAAAUCCAUUACAGCUGAUGGGAAACGAAGGCCGUGACACAUUUUCACAGUCGCAUUUUUAAACAGUAACAUUAAACACUUGAGCAACAUUCGUACCGCUCGUGACCGAUCGCAACCAUGAAGUGAACUAAUUCUUUUCCAGUGACUGAAGUGUUUGUCUGAGUCAGUGAGGCGGUGGGGGCAGUUUUUGUGUUCGUAUAAGCAUCUUGCAGACACACAGCACAGCGUCGUCCUCAGUUAGUCUGGUUAAUAUCUCUGACCUGGAAGGAGAAAAUAUCUGCCUGUAAGUGUGUGUGUGUGUGUGUGUGUGUGUGUGUAAGAGAAAGCAUUGCUGAUUGUCAGCGUGUCCUGAGCCAAAAGAAAAUCAGUGCCGCUGAAAGAGAAAUCUCUUUUAGUUUUGCUUUCAAAGCACUUAAUUAUCCUCAUCAGGAAGCCCUUUGGGUAUCGCAAGGAGACACCUUGUUGAGCAAGUGCAUGUUGAGUUGGAUGUACCAGUUUGUGUGUUUUGUCCAUACAUGUAUGAUCUUUUUGUUCCAGCGCUGCAGUGUUGACUCCAUAGUGACACUUAACAGUAAAUGGCCUUAUUCCACUGUCUAUUACCGCGAUGAAAAGUAUGUAAAUACAUACCCACAGAUAAUGUUAGCUAUUGUUAGUUUGCACCAGUAAUAAACAGUGUUAUCUCUUACAUAGCUUCUUCACAGGACCACACACACAGAAGUAAGGCCAUUGUCAUGUGCUGCCAUUUUAAAUGAUCUCAUAGAGUACUUUGUCCUGUAUUAUUAUUAAUAUUAUUAUCUCCUUUACAGAACUGUGUUCAGCCUGUAUAGUUCUCCAUAUUUAUGAUACAGAUAUAUAUAUAUGUAUAAAUCUCUAUAUAAAUAUAUUAUCUUGUUGUUUCGUAUGUGGUGUGUGGUGUGAGGAAAUCAAAUGUGUAUUUUUGUACAUGCCAAUUCUGCUGCUGCUGUCUUUAUAGAAAGAGUAUUUGCUACCAAAUGCACCCUUUGUAUAUUGUGUACAUCUGAAUUCCAGCAGGAAUUCACAAGAACCAAAAUAUAAUUGAUUUCAAUAAAUG